GGAAUCCCCGGCGCCGGCGCGCGGGGAAGUCCCCGGACGCGCGGGCUACAAGAGGGCGGCGCGGCGCGAGCGUGCCCCAGGCCGGCAGCCCCCAGGCGGCGGCGCAGCGCUCCAGCCAUGUCGCACGGCCUCCGGCUGCUGCUCCUGAGCUGCGCCUACAGCCUGGCGCCCGCCACGCGGGAGGUGAAGGUGGCUUGCUCGGACGAUGUGGACUUGCCCUGCACCGCCCCCUGGGACCCAGAGGUCCUCUACACGGUCUCCUGGGCCAAGCUGACGGAGGGUGGUGAAGAGAGGAUGGAAGCAUCCCAGGAAGAUCUGCACCUCAGGAGACAGCAGUAUCUUCAGGAGGGACAGAAUAGCUCUUUCCAGGCCCGUGGUGAAAAACCCUAUUCCCUGAAGAUCCGAAACACUACCAGCUGUAACUCGGGGAGAUACAGGUGUACCCUGCAGGAUCUGGAGGGGCAGAGGAACCUAAGUGGCACAGUCAUCUUGAGAGUGACAGGGUGCCUCACGGCACACAAAGAGGACAAUUUUAAGAAACACAGAGCCGAGAUGGCUCUGCUGCUGGCUCUGCUCGUUUUCUACUUAGCACUCAUCAUUGCCACGUGUAAGUUUGCACGACUACAGAGUAUUUUUCCAGAUUUUUCUAAACCUGGCAUGGAACGAGUUUUUCUCCCAAUCACCUCCCCAGAUAAGCAUUUGGGGCCAGUGACUCUUCACAAGGUAGAACUGGUGUGAGCAGGAAUUCUGCAGGUUGUUUUCCCUGAAGUCGGGGUUCAGUGGUGUGCCUGCCUGUCACACUGGAUGAGAGAAAAAUGAGCCCCAUGCUGAAGAUGGCAUCCUCUCUAUGAGUUCUUCACCUGACUGAAAACGUCAGAAAGCGGAUCCCACUCCAGUUUCUGCGAGCAGGGCCUUGACACCAUCUACGUGACUGUAUAUCAUGGAGCCACUGCUAUUUCUCCAUGGCUAUCAUUUCAGCGAACCUCCUAGAUACUUCUUCAGUCAUAUAAAAGCUAUGGGAAAUAUGAAUGCCACCAGCUGGUCCUGUGACAGACUCCUGAGGACAGCUGUCCUCUUCCACAUCUGGGGAACAUCACUUUGAAUUUGCUGUGUUUUGUUAUAUCAGCCCAGAUGUUUUACGUCUGGGAGAAAUUGACAGACCAAGCUGUGAGACAGUGGGAAAUAUUUAGCAAAUAAUUUCCUGGUGUGAAGGUCCCGCUAUUACUAAGGAGUAUUAGUGUAUGAAGAAAUAACAGGUCGAUGAACUAUUUCCCAGCAGGGUCUUUUCAUCUGGGAAAGACAUCUAUAAGGAAGCAAUAAAGAAGAGCGCUACACUUAUUUUUAUAUCUAUAUAUACCUGUCAAAGAAGAGUUUGUUUUUCUCCUUUUGAAAUCUCUGUCUAUAGUUAGAUAGCAUGGUGAACUGACAAGCAGCCUGGAUAUGGAGAGUGAGAAGUCGGCAAGGGUGACAACAGUAUAGAGAGCUAGUUAGUGACCUGCCGGAAAUGCCCGGCCACUGGGCAGCCAGGGUGCUAUCCCCAGAUGCCCCUCUACCUGGAUGUAUGGUCUUGGCCAAGUUCCUUAUGGAUUCUACUUUCUCACAUGGGCUGAUUUAAAUAAUAUAUGUGAGCAUGCUUUGAAAAAGUAUAAAGCACUGUACAAAUUCGAAACUCUAUUGGGUCAUUAUCCUUGCUGUUACAGUGGUGUUCAGGGGUGAGGGAAUGCUGUCCAUUUCUUAUGUUUUCCAUCAUUCUGAGCAAGGAAGUUUACCAAGAAGACUUUCCCAUAGUCUUGUAUAUGAAUUUCCUUGGGGAAGUGAAGAGGCCAGUUUCAUGGUCUGUUCUUGAAGCUCCAGCCAAAAUCACCGAGAUGUGAAUGUGUGGGAGCCACUGAGCCACUUCACAAAAUGCUGCAUUGAUGUUUUGGUAAUUGUUUGGAUGUCUCUUAUCAAACUUGGCCUCUCCCUUACUACUUGUUUUCCAAAAAGAUUUUAUCACUUUAGUGUAUGUGCAUUGCUCCCACUAAUAUUAGAGAGUACAAGUGACACCAAGCUGAUUUAGCAUUUUUGCCUCUGCCAUGGCUUUCAUGCUAUUAAAGGUAUGCAUGUGAA